AUGCCAUCAAAAAUAUCAAUACAUCAUAUCAACUUUCUUAUUACAUUUUGUUUCUUAUCUUUCUGACUCCUUCCUCUCUUCAUUUCUCCCUGCAGGGCAGUAGUUGGACACAGAGAGCCGUUGCCCGAUGAUAGCAAAGACAAUAUCACCAUUUUUACCCGAAUCCUUGACAGGCUGUUGGAUGGAUAUGACAACAGGCUACGUCCUGGACUGGGAGAGAGUGUGACAGAAGUGAGGACAAACAUCUAUGUGACGAGUUUUGGGCCGGUGUCAGAUACAGACAUGGAAUACACCAUCGAUGUCUUCUUCCGUCAGAGUUGGAGGGACGAGAGGCUGAAGUUUGAUGGGCCCAUGCAAGUUUUACCCCUCAACAACCUUCUGGCCAGUAAAAUCUGGACACCUGAUACCUUUUUCCAUAAUGGAAAGAAAUCUGUGGCCCACAACAUGACAACUCCUAACAAACUGCUACGACUAGUUGACAAUGGCACUCUUCUCUACACAAUGAGGCUGACCAUUCAUGCCGAGUGCCCCAUGCACCUGGAGGAUUUCCCGAUGGAUGCACACGCCUGUCCUCUCAAGUUUGGCAGUUAUGCUUACACCAAUAACGAGGUGAUCUACCUUUGGACCCAGGGAGACGAGAGGUCUGUUGCUGUGGCAGAAGAUGGCUCCAGGCUGAACCAAUAUGACUUACUAGGACACGUUAUUGGCAAAGAAACCAUCAGUUCCAGCACAGGAGAAUAUGUAGUGAUGACAACAUACUUCCAUUUGAAAAGGAAAAUUGGCUAUUUUGUGAUUCAGACCUACCUCCCGUGCAUCAUGACUGUCAUACUGUCUCAGGUCUCCUUCUGGCUAAACAGAGAAUCGGUUCCUGCGCGCACUGUAUUUGGGGUCACCACCGUCCUAACCAUGACCACCCUGAGCAUCAGUGCUAGAAACUCCCUUCCUAAGGUGGCCUAUGCCACUGCCAUGGACUGGUUCAUGGCUGUGUGCUAUGCCUUUGUCUUCUCUGCCUUGAUUGAGUUUGCCACAGUCAACUACUUCACCAAGCGCAGCUGGGCAUGGGAUGGGAAAAAAGAGGGCAUGGAAAUAAGGGAACCGUUUCAGGCUAACAUGGCCAGGAUUAACGAUAUGAGAAGAGAAUCGGCGACGCUGUCCAAAAAGGCGAACAACACCUUCAACAUUGUUGGGACCACCUACGCCAUCAACGUGGCUAAGGACCAAGGUUUGACCACCAUUUCCAAGAGCGCCAGGGAAGCGGCGGCCAAACAACACCCCUAUCUCAACAAAAUGGACGACCCGUAUAUGGAGGCCAGAAAGUCAUACAACCGUGUCAGCAAAGUGGACAAGAUAUCGCGCAUCAUUUUCCCGGUUCUUUUCUUCAUCUUCAACCUGGGCUACUGGGCCACGUACGUCAACAGGAAGCCUGCUAUCAUGAAGGCAAACAACCUAAACUGA